UUUUUGUCAAUUUAUUUUUGUUUCCAGACGGAAAAAAUUUUUGUAUUUCGCAUAUAUUUUCGAAUGUCAGCUGCCAAAUACCAGGACUACGACUGCACUAUCAAGUGCGGAUUACCCCAACAUGGAAACUGCAUCGUUGCCGCCCUCACCAAACGAUCCAUAGAGAGUCAAGCAUUGGCCACGUUCAUACACAAGACCUGUGCCAAUUUUGCCAAUAUUCUCGAUGACCUGGGUCGCUCUGCUGUCCACAUGUCUGCUUCAGUGGCUCGCUAUGAAAUUCUGGAGUGGCUCUUAAAUCAUGGCGCCUACAUUAAUGGCAGGGAUUACGAGUCGGGCAGCACUCCUUUGCAUCGUGCCCUGUACUAUGGUUCCAUAGAUUGCGCUGUUCUACUAAUGAGAUAUGGUGCCAGCUUGGAUCUGCUGGACGAGAACACCCAAUGCCCAUUGCAGUCAAUUUGCCGGAACUGCGACGAUUUGAAUUUCGCCAGGAAUACAAAUACUCAGAACGAUAUUCUAGUCUGGGGAUCAAAUAAGAACUACAAUCUGGGCCUAGGCACUGAGCAGAGCUCAACUAGUGCUCCUCAGGCUGUGGAUUUCUUUCGCAAAGCGAACAUUUGGAUCGAAAAGGUAGCAUUGGGUGCCUAUCACAGUCUAUUUCUGGAUAAGAAGGGUCAUCUCUAUGCGGUGGGACAUGGCAAAGGCGGAAGAUUGGGCAAUGGCAAUGAGAAUAGUUUGCCAGCUCCUAAGCGUGUGAAAUUACCUAGCAAAAUUCAAGAUGACUCCAUCAUUUGCAUUAGCACAUCACGUCAGCAUUCCCUUGUGUUGACUCAGCGUUCCAUGGUUUUCGCCUGUGGCAUUAAUACUGACCAUCAGUUGGGUGUAAGAGAUGCUCCCGAGCAACUGAAUCAAUUCAAAGAAGUUGUCAGUUUAAGAGACAAGGGAGCUAGUGAUCUAUUAAAGGUUAUAGCCUGUGAUCAGCAUUCUAUAGCAUAUAGCUCAAAGUGUGUCUAUGUGUGGGGUGCCAAUCAGGGGCAAUUUGGUCUGGGACCAAAUCAGCAAUCGAUAGUAGUUCCGGUACAAAUGAAAUUGCCAGCUAAAACUGUCAUACGCUUUGUCGAGGCAAAUAAUGCAGCCACUGUGAUUUAUAAUGACGAGAAGGUCAUUUCCCUGUACUAUGGAGAAAAGACCAAAUAUAUCAAGACACCAGACUAUGAAGAUCUAAAGAGUAUUGCGGUGAUGGGUGGAAAUAUUAAGAGUUCUACUAAAGGAUCAGCAGCUGCUUUAAAAUUACUUAUGCUUACCGAAACUAAUGUGAUUUAUCUUUGGUAUGAGAAUACCCAACAGUUCUACAGAUGCACAUUAUUACCCAUACGUCUACCAAAUAUCAAAAAAGUUCUAUAUAAAUGUAAUCAAGUCUUAAUACUCUCCCACGAUGGCUGUGUCUAUCGUGGUAAAUGUAAUCAAAUAACUCUGCCCCCCACAUUGGACAGGAAUAAUUGUAAAACGACUAUAGACAAUUGGACCAAUAACGAUCAGAAUCGUACAGAAAUCUCACGAGAACAUAUUGUACGCAUUGAGCUAACACGUGUGCCCAACAUUGAUCGUGCAGUUGACAUUUCUUGUGAUGAGAGUUUCUCAUCAUUUGCUGUGCUGCAGGAGGCACCCACUAAAUACUUUAAGAAACCGCCACUUCCCAGAAGGGAACAUAAUUUUAAGAAGCUCUAUCAUGAUACCAGUGAUACGGAUGCUGUGCACGAUGUGGUCUUCCAUGUUGAUGGAGAAUUGUUUGCGGCUCACAAGUUUAUCAUUUAUUCGCGAGCAAAUGGACUGAGAGAUUUGAUGAUGAGUUAUUUGGAUAAAGAUAUCUAUUUUAAUUUUGAAAAUUUAACUGGCAAAAUGUUUGAAUUGAUUUUGAAAAUUAUUUAUACCAAUUACUCGCCCGCGGAAGAUGAUAUUGAGUGUAUUCAGCAGAGUUUGGAUCCAAAUUUAAGAACAAGAACUGAAGCCAUUAAAAUAUUUCUCCAUUAUAUUGAGAAAUUUGGAAUAAGUCAGCUAUGCAAUUUGCAUGUGCUGAGUAAAGUGGCAAUAACACAGGGCAAACAAAAACUCCAGCGUAUACAUCGCUGUGAUUAUCCUGAACUCUAUGAUGUUCGCGUUAUUUGUGAUGAUGGCAAGAUUCUAGAGGCACAUAAAUGUAUUUUGGUUGCCAGGCUGGAAUACUUUGAAAUGAUGUUUAUGCAUUCAUCGUGGGUGGAGCAUUCUACAGUUACCAUGGAGGCUGUACCCUUGGAGUAUAUGGAGCCAAUUCUGGAUUAUCUCUAUGAUAUGGACACAGAGGCAUUCUGCAAGCAAAAUUAUACAGAGACUUUUCUCUAUAAUAUGAUUAUCAUAUGUGAUCAAUAUUUCGUUGAAUCACUGCAAAAUUUAUGCGAAUCAUUGAUUCUUGAUAAGAUAAGCAUACGAAAAUGUGGUGAAAUGUUGCAAUUUGCCACCAUGUACAAUUGCAAGCUGCUGGAGAAGGGUUGCCUCGAUUAUAUAUGCCAGAAUUUGGCCCGAGUGCUCAGUUAUCGCAGUAUUGAGCAAUGCGAACCGGAUACAUUGAAACUUUUAAAUGAACAUUAUAAGAAAAUGUUUAAUUGUAUUUUUGACUAUCGUCAGAUUACACCAUUCUCCGAGGCCAUACAGGAUGAGUUGCUCUUCAGCUUUAUCGAGGGUUGUGAAGUUGAUCUAAAGGCGACAGUGAGAUUUGAAGAGGCCACAGCUAAGCAGAAUAAACAAAAAGAGAUGCGUAAACAAGAUGCGCGUCAUCAAUAUGAACAACAGGCCAUAACAAGCAUGAUGAGAUCGUUGAGCACCAGUGAAAGAGGUGAAGCAGCAACAUCUUCUGCUUCAGCUACAAUUAAUCAGACCACAAAUGAUGCUAAAAAUUGGUCCAAAGUUAAGGACAAGAAAGAGAAAACCCGCAAACUGAGUGAAAGGCAGGAGCAGGUGCAGGUGCCUCCUCCACCUAUCAAAGAACAAACGCCACCACCCCAACAAUCGAAGCCAAUUGAAGCUACUCCCAAGUCGCCUCAGGAUGAGGCAACUUCUCCUUUAAAUAAAAGUUAUAAUAUUGAUCUCAGUUCAUGGACACCACAACCAUCACAGAAAUUAUCACAGAAAGAACGCAAACGUCUUUCCUCCGAGUCUAAAAGUUGGCGCUCACCAGCACCCAGCACACAGGUUGCAACUCCUCCGCAGCCGGUGCCCAAUGCUUGGGGAUUACCUGCAGCUACACCUUCGAGUAGUUCGUUCAACGAUUCUUUAAACUCACCGCCCACCGGUAGCUCAACGGAUCCCACCUCCUUUGCCAAUAUGAUGAGAGCUCAGGCUACAGGAGCCACUGCUAGUUCACCAUUGGAGCAGCAAUCAAAUAGCUUUUCACGCAUUUUAGCCGACGAGCGACGACAACGUGAAUCCUAUGAACGUAUGCGUAAUAAAUCCCUUUACCAUACCCAAAUCGAGGAGGCAGCCAUAGCGGAACUUCGAGAGUUUUAUAAUGUGGACAAUGUGGAUGAUGAGUAUAUCACCAUUGAGCGUGCAUCCAGGCCCUCAAAUAUCAAUUUUAGCACAUGGCUUAAACGUUGAAUCGCUAAUAAUGAUACUAUAUUCCAAUUGUUGUGUAAUUUUUCAGUUUAGUUUUAUGUUCAGACAAAUGUACCCGACCAAAUUGAUGGGUAUAUUAAGUUAGUGUGCAAUUGUUUUUUUAAAAUAAACGUUAGGCCAAUCUACACAAGGCCUAAAGUAUA